CACAAAUAAUUAUGCAUGUGGGGUGAAUGGAUCUAAUAGCUUAGAUGUAAAUUUAUGUAGCUUAGAUGUUGGGAUUCCGAUAUACAGUCAUAAUCCGUAUAUUCACACUCGUUUUCUUCUUUUCCUUUCCUCCCUUCACUUUCCACUUUGUUUGUUCAUGUCAUGUAUGAAUAUAUCUGCUGCUAAUUUUCAUUCUUCCAGAAAAAGGUGACUGCGGAAACGCUCGAUUUGGAAUUUCAGAAUAUUUAUUUCUACCGGAAAACUGAAUCUCCUACACAAUAUGUUGCAUACAUUUUCCUUUCCCCCCCUUCUCGUUUAAGGUAUGGAGUGUUUACGUUUCUGUAAGAGAUCAUGGUGCAGUGCCUAGAUGGAGUGAAGCAUCUGCUUUCUGCUAUUGUAAAUUGCUGUGAAUCUGAUAUCAAUAAACAUCCCUGCGGGCUGGGAGAUCCUGAAGCUCUAGCAAGCGUGACAGUUUUUAGUGUUAGUGAAAUAGAAGCAUUGUAUGAAUUAUUUAAAAAGAUCAGCAGUGCUGUGGUAGAUGAUGGGCUUAUUAAUAAGGAGGAGUUCCAGCUUGCUCUUUUUAAGACCAACCAAAAGGAGAGCCUGUUUGCUGACAGGGUAUUUGACCUAUUUGAUGCAAAACACAAUGGGAUAUUAGACUUUGAAGAGUUUGCGCAGGCUUUAUCAGUUUUUCAUCCAAAUGCUUCUAUUGAUGACAAGAUUGAUUUUUCAUUCCAGUUAUAUGAUCUCAAGAAGCAAGGGUUCAUUGAAAGACAGGAGGUCAAGCAAAUGGUGGUGGUCACACUGGCCGAAUCUGGCAUGAACCUUUCAGAUGAUAUUAUAGAGAGUAUCAUUGAUAAGUUGUGAAGAGGGGAGGUGGUUGGUGAGAUUGACCAUGACUGUUGUAUUGAUCGGAGAAGACGCCAAGAAGAGCAGCCAGCGGCUGCGGCUGCCAGCCGCCGGCGAACUCUAGACUGUAAAUUUGAAAAAGGGAGAGAGAGAGAGAGAGAGAUUAGGAAUUCAGAGAAGAAAACAUGCUGUAAAUUUGGGGGAGAGAGACAUGAGGUGGCCAAGGAAAAAUGUUUAUUUAUUUAUGUAAUUUCAUGAUUAAAACGAUGCCAUUCGAUAGGAGUGGUGUCACGUUGAAGUCAACUCACCCAAUUUAUUCCACUGGGCUGCCAUGUCAGCCUUAGUUUGAGGAGAAUUUUCAGUCGCACUAAAAUCACAACAAUUGUCAAGUGUAUUUUCUGACUCCUUCCAAAGUUGGUGUACUUUAUCGCUAAUAACCCUUGAUUAAUUGUUAGUUUGUUAUCCUAGCCUAGGAAAUAAAAGGGUUUCUUUCUCUUAUGAGAAAAACUAUCUAGGAUUUUAUCUGAAGAUCAAGAGAAACUCUUCUGAUUGUCUUUGCGCAGAAGGGUUCUUCUCUUCUGAUUGUUUCCUCUUACAUUUGAUACUAUUUAUUCUGUUAGUAUUCAUAUUUGGUUGUA